AUGGUUCUUCGAAUCCCCCCCACGUCUGCUUUGGCACGCCUAACCACACGACCAACCGUAUUUCAAACCUCAACCUUCGGUGCUCGCUAUUAUAGUGCACCAAUGGAUGGCUCGAUUCCAGCAGCAAAAUUGAAAUAUGUGCCCUCGAGCGGCACCUAUCCCAAGGGAUUUCUUGUCUCUGGGACGCAUGUCGGAGUCAAGCCCACCAACAAAAGCACCCCAGAUCUCGCUUUCCUGGCUUCAGAAACACCAUGUGCCGCGGCAGCCGUUUUCACAAAGAACAAAUUCCAGGCUGCUCCGGUGACUCUCAGCAGAGAAAUGCUCAAGAGGAGGAGCAAUGAUGGGGUUCGAGCUGUCAUCAUCAACUCCGGAUGUGCUAAUGCGGUGACCGGGAAAGGUGGACUGAAGGAUGCUGAGAAGAUGGGUGCUGAGGCCGAUAGGUGUUUUGGUCAGUCCGACGAUGGGAAAGGUGGGAGUACUAUCGUCAUGAGUACUGGAGUCAUUGGUCAAAGGCAUGUUGUCUAAGCUCUCAAUGCAGCCCUGGCUAACCGGACUGCAGACUACCUAUACAAAAGAUAUUGCGUAAAAUCCCUUCCGGCUAUGAUUCUCUGGGGUCCUCUCACGAACAUUGGCUAGCUACUGCUCAAGCUAUUUGUACCACCGAUACUUUCCCAAAACUCAUCUCUCAAACUUUCACUCUACCCUCUUCUCCUUCGGUCGAAUACAAAAUAGCUGGUAUGACAAAAGGAGCUGGAAUGAUCCAUCCAAACAUGGCAACUUUACUUGGAGUAAUUGCUACGGAUGCCCCGAUUGCCCCAAAGCUUUUACCAACACUCCUUACAGACGCUGUCAACAAAUCUUACAACAGCAUAUCCAUUGAUGGCGAUACAUCCACCAACGAUACAGUAGCAGUCCUGGCAAAUGGUGCCGCAGGAGGAAAUGAAAUUUCUGCGGCAUCUUCAGAAGACUACAAAAGCUUUCAAAGCACAUUAACCGAAUUUUCUAGGGAGCUCGCCAAACUUGUGGUGAGAGAUGGGGAAGGAGCUACUAAAUUUGUGACGAUCCGUGUUACUGAAUCUGCUUCAGAGAGCGGAGCUAGAAAAAUUGCUAGCACCAUAGCAAAAUCACCAUUGGUCAAGACAGCACUUUACGGAAAAGACGCAAACUGGGGUCGUAUACUCUGUGCUACUGGCUAUUCCCAAAUUUCGGAACCAGGGAUGCCUGAUCAUGAGGUUUCUGAGAUUAUUCCGGAAAAGACCAGUGUUUCCUUUCUUCCAACAGAUGGGUCUCCUGAGCUGAAGUUGCUCGUGAAUGGAGAGCCAGAAAGUGUAGACGAGGCUCGUGCAGCAGAAAUUCUAGAGCAUGAGGAUCUUGAGAUUUUGAUCAAAUUGGGUGCAGGUAAGGAGGAGGCCGUCUACUGGACUUGCGACUUCAGGUAAGUUUUUCCGCAAUAAACUCUUAUGGUGGCUAACAAUCAGUAGCCACGAGUACGUGACGAUUAAUGGAGACUACCGCACUUAA